AUGGCCGAAAAUCCCGGGGUAGCUGAGGACAAGUCCAUUCCAUCCUGCCAACCAUAUCAGUCGAACGCACCCUCUGGCCCAGAAUGUCCCGCUAGCCUAGCCAUCCCGAGCGUCGAUAGACCGGAAUCCUACCCAUCGGUUGCUGUGGUUGUACCAGUACCUCCAUGGGCGCGAGGAAAAGUUACCAGGGCAACCACAAGGGUCGCUGCGGUGACUUGCAAGAAGCGGCUUCGAAACAGAGGCAGUGGCAAUGACUACCGGGAUCCUGAAGUAUCAAUUCCUGACGCGACUCGACAGCGCCCGAAGGAGAAACCAAAAUCUAGGAUGAAGCCUCUGCACGCUAGUCCGAUGUUGGCUCAAGCCCCUCCGGUGGAUACAUCAGGAAAACAAAGGCCAUAUACGUCAGAGGAAAAUGCACUGUUAGUGCGACUGAAGGAAAGAGAGAGAAUGUCAUGGGCGGAGAUUGCUGCACACUUCCCUGGACGAAGCGCAUCAUCCCUCCAAGUUCACUACUCAACCAAAUUACGCCACAAGGCUACCACUCAGGCUAGAAGGCUACGAAAUCGCCGAUGA